AUGGCCGAGAUCAAGAAAGUGUUUACUGCUGAGGCGUGCCCACCUGCUGGACCUUACUCGCAAGCCAUCGUCGCCGGCCCGCACAUCUUCGUCUCCGGCCAGAUCCCCGCCGACAAGUCCGGCAACCUCAUCACCGGCAGCAUCGCCGACCAGACCACCGCCUGCUGCAACAACAUCAUCGCCAUCCUCAAAGAAGCCGGCAGCGACAUCUCCCGCGUCAUCAAGGUCAACGUGUUCCUCGACGACAUGGCCAACUUCGCCGAGAUGAAUGGCGUCUAUGAGAAGUUUUUCGCGCACAAGCCGGCCAGGAGCUGCGUCGCGGUCAAGCAGUUGCCGAAGGGCGUGCCCGUGGAGAUUGAGUGCAUUGCGCUGAGUGGUAGGGCUGAUUCCAAGUUGUGA